GGUCCGCGAUGGAGCCGGCGGCGCCGGGCGCUCGGUAGUGCAGCGGGCAAGGCAGGUGCCAUGGCCCUGAUUGAAGGGGUGGGUGAUGAAGUGACCGUCCUUUUUGCCGUGCUUGCCUGCCUUCUGGUGCUGGCUCUGGCCUGGUUCUCAACGCACACCACGGAGGGCGCCCACCCACUGCCCCAGCCAUCAGGGACCCCAACACCAGCACAGCACAGUGAAACUAUGGCAGUCACCGACAGCGUCAGAGGAGAGGCCCCAGGAGCCGAGACCCCCAGUCUGAGACACAGAGGUCAGGCGGCACAGCCUGAGCCCAGCACGGGGCUCCCAGCAAUGCCACCAUCACCUCCGGACUCCCCCCAAGAGCCCCUAGUGCUGCGGUUGAAGUUCCUCAACGAUUCAGAGCAGGUGGCCAGGGCCUGGCCGCACGACACUAUUGGCUCCCUGAAAAGGACCCAGUUUCCCGGCCGGGAGCAGCAGGUACGGCUCAUCUACCAAGGGCAGCUGCUAGGAGACGACACCCAGACGCUGGGCAGCCUUCACCUCCCUCCCAACUGCGUUCUCCACUGCCACGUGUCCACGAGGGUCGGGCCCCCACAUCCCCCCUGCCCACCGGGGUCCGAGCCAAGCCCCUCCGGGCUGGAAAUAGGCAGCCUCCUGCUGCCCCUGCUGCUGCUGCUGCUGCUGCUGCUCUGGUACUGCCAGAUCCAGUACCGGCCCUUCUUCCCCUUGACCGCCACCCUGGGCCUGGCCGGCUUCACCCUGCUCCUCAGUCUCCUGGCCUUUGCCAUGUACCGCCCGUAGUGCCUCCGCGAGCUCGCGAGGGGGUCGCGGGCCCCUCCGGACCCUGCUCCCCACGCCACAGUGGGAGCUGCUGUCUGCCCGGGCCGGCCUCUCGGGCCUGCCUCUUCCCCCCGCCCUGGA